ACCUGAGGGACUCUAACGCUAACAAACACUUCCCCCCCCCCCCGCCGAGAGCCUACCAGAACAAACCCCUUCUCCCCAGGCACGACCCUACGCUCACCCCAGGCUGGUGCCAGCCAGCUGUGCUCUGGGAGCAAACUCCAGUGGGCGUGGCAGGGGCGGGGCUAUCUGGGGUGCCCCUGGUGUAUAACUCCCAGGCCACGUCGGGCCCCCCCCCCAGUGGGCGCGAUGUGCACAGGGAAGUGCUCCCGGGUGGUGGGUGUGGGGCUGUGGCCCCUGGCUCUGACCUGCAUCGUCUGCAACCUCCUGCUCUGCUUCCCCGACUGGGACACCCAGUACGUGCAGGACGGGGGCCGGCUGCUCACCCCCGAGGUGCUGUACCUGGGGGGCCUCGUCGGGGGUGGCGCCAUGAUCCUGAUCCCAGCGAUUCACAUCCAGGCGACCGGACGGCAGGGCUGCUGCGGGAACCGCUGUGGGAUGUUCCUGUCCAUCCUCUUCGCCCUGGUGGGGGUGGCCGGCUCUGUCUACGCCGUGAGCGUCUCCGCCCUGGGGCUGGUGAACGGGCCGCUGUGCGAGGUGGCAAAUGGCAACUGGGAAUGGCCCUUCCACACCACCGACAAGGAGCUCAGUGAGCAGAGCUACUUGUUCAACACCUCGGUGUGGGACGCCUGCGUGAACCCGCCCGGCGUGGUCCGGUUCAACGUCAUCCUCUUCUCCCUGGUGCUGGCUGCGGCGCUGCUGGAGCUGCUGCUCUGCGGGAUCCAGGUGCUGAACGGCCUCUUCGGCUGCCUCUGCGGGACCUGCAACAAGAAACAGGCCAGGAGCCCCAAGCAAACCCAGUACUGAGCCGAAGAGCAGCCAGCGCGUCCUGAGGAGCCGCGGCAGGACUGCCCACCCCCUCCGGACUCCUCCCUGCCCCUCACCACCAGGAACCCAAAACCCAGGCCUCCGGGACCAGCUCCACCCGGAACCACGGGCCGCAGAGAUUACAGACAGUGUCGCCCCUGCAACACGCCGAGCACCCCUCUACCCCUGUGUGUCACCAGCCACCCCAAUAAACCCGAGGGGCCGUGGGGAGCCGGCACCCCUGGGGGCGGAGCGGGAAACUGCGGCCUCUGCUCUGGACAAACCUC